CAAUUCAUUCGCAUAUGUCCCAAAUCUCUUGCUCCACGAAUAACCAUAACUCUCUGUUUGAUUACCUAGAAACGUACGGGAAAGAUAAAUAUAGUCUCUCUGUUUUUUUUUUUUUCUUUUUUGGGUUGCUUUUCUCAGGAUUAUCCUUGUGUUUUAUAAUGCAUCGGUUUGAUUUGGAAAUGUUUUUAAUCAAGAGGGAAGUGUUUGUUUUGAUUGGUUACCGUGGCUACAUUAGAAAUUUGAAGAUCAAGACAGCAACUUGCAAACGUAUUGUUAAGGAGCUGCACUCUUAUGAGAAAGAGGUUGAGAGGGAAGCUGUGAAAACAGCCGACAUGAAAGAGAAAGGAGCUGACCCUUAUGACCUCAAACAACAGGAAAAUGUGCUAGCUGAAUCAAGGAUGAUGAUUCCUGAUUGCCGUAAGCACUUAGAGGCAUCAUUGGCUGGUCUUAAAGGAACCUUGGCUGAGUUAGAGGAAGCAAGUGAGAAAGAAGGUCCGGAAUUGAAAGAUGCUGGAGCCACAAUUUCAGGGGUUGAAAAGUUGUUUCAGACAACAGAGGCUUAGCAAUAUAGCUCAAAUAUUAUG